GGGAGCCCAAGUAGUUGGCUCUAAAGAGGCUCUGCUCAGUAGCCAGUCAUGAACUGUGAGGGUCAAACAUAGCUACCCACCAGGCGAUCUACUCUCAGUCUUCCUGAGUCCCAGGCUAGCAAGGACAAGUGGCUUGGUCUGCCCACUUGCUGCUGCUGCUGCUGCUGCUGCUACUGCAUCCUCUUUGGGAAAUCAGACUCAUUAAAACUGCCAUCCAUCCGAGGUUCUCAACUCAGAGCCAUCUACCUGGAGCAUGGGGCUUUCAAAGGUCCAGCUCUGGCCAAUGCUGCUGUGGGCAUUGGCGUGGAUGCAGAGUACAAGAUCUGCGUGCCCGUCCUGUGGAGGCCCAACACUGGCACCCCAAGGAGAACGCGCUCUUAUCCUAGAACUAGCUAAGCAGCAAAUCCUGGAGGGGCUGCACCUAACCAGCCGUCCCAGAAUAACUCGCCCUCUGCCCCAGGCAGCACUGACCAGAGCCCUCCGGAGACUGCAGCCCAGGAGCAUGGUCCCUGGCAACCGGGAGAAAGUCAUCAGUUUUGCUACCAGCAUAGACAGAUCCACUUCGAUCUACCGCUCCAUGCUCACCUUUCAGCUGUCCCCUCUUUGGUCCCACCACCUGUACCAUGCCCGCCUCUGGCUGCACAUGCCCCCCUCUUUUCCGGGCACUCUGAAUCUGAGGAUCUUCCGUUGCGGCACCACGAGGUGCCGAGGAUACCGCACCUUCCUAGCUGAGCACCAAACCACUUCCUCUGGCUGGCACGCCCUGACUCUGCCCUCUAGCGGUUUGCGGAGUGAGGAAUCUGGAGUCAUGAAACUCCAACUGGAAUUCAGACCCCUGGACCCUAACAGCACCGCUGCGGGACUACCACGGCUGCUCUUGAACACAGUGGGACAGCAGCGUCCCUUCUUGGAACUUAAGAUCCGAGCUAAUGAGCCCGGAGCAGGCCGGGCCAGGAGGAGGACUCCCACCUGUGAGUCUGAGACCCCCUUAUGUUGUAGGCGAGACCACUAUGUUGACUUCCAGGAGCUGGGGUGGCGAGACUGGAUCCUACAGCCAGAGGGAUACCAGCUGAAUUACUGCAGUGGGCAGUGCCCGCCCCAUCUAGCUGGCAGCCCUGGCAUUGCUGCCUCCUUCCAUUCUGCUGUCUUUAGCCUCCUCAAAGCCAACAACCCUUGGCCUGCGGGUUCUUCCUGCUGUGUCCCCACUGCGCGAAGGCCUCUCUCCCUCCUCUACCUUGACCAUAAUGGCAAUGUGGUCAAGACCGAUGUGCCAGACAUGGUAGUAGAGGCCUGUGGCUGCAGCUAGCAAGAGGACCUGAAGGUUCUGAGUGAAGUUCAAGGUUCAAGCUGGGGGUUCCCAAGCCAAGAGUCCUGUGUCUGUCCAAACUGACACCCAACAAGCUGUGUAGCAGUAUGCCUGGUUUUGACCCCUGUGAAACUUAAAUGGGCAUUUUCUUGUCCCAGAUUCUGGCCUAUUUCAGGCUGUUUCAAGUGUGGACAGAUGGGUAAAGCGUUUCCUUUCAAGGGACUGCCUGGCCGGCAGCAUUUCCUACAUCAAGCCCUGUUCCAGGACAGCAGGGGAUGCCGUGGGAGGGAAGGAAGAAUUCAGGGGAAAACUACUUAGUCUCUCCCGAGAAAGAAGUUUCUGAAGUAAUGGAGGAGGAAGUAGAAGGGUGGGCAGAUUAGGAAAAGACAAAGAUACAGGCUAAGAACAGGGACCGUUGCCUGCUUUGUCAAGGACAAGAGGAAGAUGAGCGGGCGCUGAGGAGGGAGGGGUGUUAGGAGGUCCUGGAACUGAGAGUCAGUGAAAAGGGGUGCUGAACCUGUAAGUCCUCUAGCUUCCCCUCAAGGACAGGACCCGCGUGGAUGACAUACAUUUAUAUUUUCUUAAUAAAAACGAGAAAGAAAAGGAA